GAAGGGGCGUCACCGGAAGCUGGUGCUGGUGUCGCUGCGCCGCUUUCCGGCGGGUCCAUCCCUGUUGUUGUGGGUCGGAACAUCGCCGCUGCGGUUCCCCGGGAUGUAACCACUUUCUGGACCGGCACCGAGCAGAACGGAACCGCAGGCUGGCCGGUCCAAACGGAACCGACUCGGGGUGGAUUUAUGGCAACAAUGGAGCGGUUCGGCGGGGUGGUUCUGGUGAAGCGGGUUCUGGACCUCGGUCCGGUCGUGGUGGCCAACAUGUCCGACAUUAACGAGUCCGGACCGCACGGCUGCGAUAACGGAGCUCUGACGGACCGGUUCGGGGUUCUGAUCCAGGCGCUGCUGGCCGUCGUGGCUUUCAGCACGCUGAUGUUGAAGCGUUUCCGGGAGCCAGCAGGCGUCAGGCGGCCCUGGAGGAUCUGGUUUUUCGACACGUCCAAGCAGGCCAUCGGAGCGCUCUUCAUCCACUUCACCAACGUCUUCCUGUCCACGCUCAGCAAGGAGGAUCCCUGCUCUCUGUACCUGAUGAACUUCCUGCUGGAUGCGACGCUGGGAAUGCUGGUGAUCUGGGCAGCAGUGAAACUGGUUUCCAGACUGGUGGAGGCCAAGCAGUGGAGUCUGCUUUCCUUCGGAGAAUACGGCGACCCUCCGCAGGCGGCGGCGUGGCUGGGUCAGGGCGGCGUCUACCUGCUCAUCAUGGUUCUGGAGAAAGGCGUGAUCAGCCUGGUUCUGCUCGUCCCCGGAUGGUCCAGACUGCAGGAGGUGCUGCUGAGCUACAUCGCUAACCCACAGCUGGAGCUGGCGCUGGUCAUGCUCAUCGUGCCGUUCAUCGUUAAUGCCGUCAUGUUCUGGGUGGUCGACAGCCUGACCAUGAGGAAGUACAAGACCAUGACGGGCCUGGAGCACAGCGCACACUCCAAGCAGACCGAGGCUCUGCCAGCAGGGGGCAGCAGCGAGGAGGCUCAGGUUCUGCUGGCUGACAGCGACUCCGGCGAGGAAGAGGAGGAGGAUGAAGAGCAGCGGGUCCAUGUCCAGUACUCAGGCGGGCCGCUGAGACCCAGCUGGGUGGUGGUGUAGAAACGGUCCAGUCAAAGCCUCAUCUUCAUCAUUAGGCCUUCAACUUCCUGCCUUCCAGUGGAAGAAACUCUAAGAGGAAUCAGUGAUGACAUCAUCAUCAGAACUGUGACGGGUCUCCCUGGUCCAGAACCAGAACCUUUGGUUCUGGUCAUGCAGUAAAUCCGGAUCAGAAUGGUUCUGCAUUUCAGGAGGAAAAAUGAGUUUAUCAAAAAAUAAAGUUAUUAGAAAUGA